AACCGUUUGUUGCAUAAACAGUAAAUGAUUUUGAGGCUUAUUUCUAACAUUCAUGUAGUUAAUUUUAUUAUAGAAAUACUUUAUAAUAUUUCAAUAUAAUUCAGCCAAUAGAAUAAAGAAAGAGUUGAAGGACGUCAUUCACUUGACUGCAGAAGUCACUUAAACCUCGUCACAGGUUAACGUGGGGUAAAGUGAUGAGGUAGUAACGAGGUAAUGAGGGAAACUAAGGACAGUGCAGCAUCAGGUAGAUUCUAAUCUCUGGGUAAAUAAUAAAUCCUCGUCUGCUCCGGGGACAACAAAAUGAAACCGGCCUUGGAGACUCCUUUACAUACAGGGGUACACUGUUACUAUGGUAACGAACUGGGUCUUCUGAUGAAGUCAUGUAUAGAUCAGGGUCAGCUGGUUCCUGAUGAUGUCAUCUCUCGCCUCAUCCUGGCCAGCCUAAGAGACAUGGAGCAUAGCAGCUGGCUGUUAGAUGGUUUCCCCCGGACAGUGGCGCAGGCUGAGAGUUUGGACAGCGUCUUCACUGUGGACACAGUCAUCAACCUGGACGUGCCAUUCGAGACCAUUAAGGAGCGUCUGACGUCUCGCUGGGUUCACCUGUCGAGCGGCCGAGUCUACAACAUCGACUUCAACCCUCCCAGAAUCCCAGGUCUCGAUGAUGUCACAGGUGAGCCGUUGACACAGAGAGAUGACGACACGCCUGAAACAGUGACCCGUAGACUGAAGGCGUAUGAAACCCAGACUCAACCAGUCCUGGAAUAUUACAGGAGUAAAGGAGCUUUGGCGACGUUCACCGGAACUGAAACCAAUAAGAUUUGGCCUCAUGUUCACGCUUUCCUCUCAAAGAAAAUCCCACAGACUCAGCAGGUCCGAGGAGGAGUUUAGCCGAGUCUCGAUGAGAAGAAUCCGAUUUUGUUUAGAAUUUUAUUCAUUUUAAUUUUCAUGGUAUUUUUGACCACACUUUUUAAUCAUAGACAUUUUUACUAGAUCGUUAAAUUUGUAGAUUUGAGCACGCAGCAAAGUAUUUCAGCUGAACCUCAGUUUAGUUGUUUUUUAUUCUCUUUUUCCACCGGUGCACUGGGGUGAGUUUUAGUUUCUAAAACUGUUCUUUUCAUUUUUAGAGUUGGAUUCAGCACCAGACCCACCCAAAACACCCCCCCCCACACACACACAAACACACCUCCCCACCCCCCUCACAGUCUUUGAAGGGCUUCAUUAGAAAAUAUAUCUAAUUAUUUGUUUUGUAUUUUUAAACCAUUAAAACAUUUAAAACAUUUCUGAGAGUGAUAAAAAAGAAAGGAAGAAAAAGAUCAGAAACAAAUCAGAUGAUUUAAAUAAACAAGAGAACAAGCUAAAAAUUUUUAAUAAUAAUAAAUCCUUGAAAUGGGAGAGAAGAAAUGUCUUGUGCAGAAAGAGAGAAAUUAAUUAAUCCAAAAUGUUUGAAAAUUAAAACAUAAAAUAAAAAGAUUUCAAAGGGACGAGAAAAAACAAAUCUAUGUAUAUUUACAGGAAGAACAUUUUCUUUUAGCUUAAACAGAAGACAGAAUUUAAUAUAUAAAAAAAGGUAAGAAUGGAAGGAAGAAAAGGAAGUAAAGCCUGGAGUCAGUGAUGCUGAAUCUCCGGCGGCGGCCUCGGGAAAAGUUUGAAAAUUAAAAUGACACGAAAUUAUAUAUAUAUUUUAUUUCACAAAAACUGCUGAUUAAUUUUGCGUUUAAAGCUGUAUUAAUUUUCAUCAUGAAGAAACUGUCACUAAAUUUCCGUUUCAGUCCGAAUCCCAUUUCAAUUCGAGUGUGAAAAUGGUCUUAAUGAUGAUAGAUGUCUAAUUUUAUACAAUGACGUAAUGUUUGUACAAAGAUCAUUUAUGUUUCUUACUGAUUUCACGUCACUGAGCUGAAUAAGAAAUAAAUAAUUUGAUCAUU